CGGCAGCAGUUAUCCAGGGUUUCCGGUGCGAGGCCGGAGCGGGCGAAGCCGUCUGGGCGUCGGCGGUGGGGUGUGUACUGCGGCGGCUAGGGGAACGAGGCGAGCAGGGAGGAUCUGCUCCUCACCUAACAUUGCAAACCACAAUGAAGAACCAAGACAAAAAGAAUGGGGCUGCCAAGCAAUCAGGCAACACUUCCAACCCAAAAAACACCCCGGGGCAGCCGGAAGCAGGACCAGAGGGAGCCCAGGGGCGGCCCAGACAGUCGGCUCCUGCGACAGAAGCUGAAGGUUCCACCAGCCAGGCGUCAGGGAAGGCCGAGGGAGCACAAGCCAAGACUGCUCAGUCUGGGGCCCUCCGUGAUGUCUCUGAGGAGCUGAGCCGCCAGUUGGAAGACAUCCUUAGUACAUACUGCGUGGACAACAAUCAGGGGGGUCCAGGUGAGGAUGGGGCACAGGGUGAGCCUGCUGAACCCGAAGAUGCAGAGAAGUCCCGGACCUAUGCCUCGAGGAAUGGGGAGCCUGAGCCAGAGACCCCAGUAGUCAAUGGUGAGAAGGAGACUUCCAAGGGGGAGCCGGGCACAGACGAGAUCCGGGCAAGUGACGAGGUCGUAGACCGAGACCACCGAAGGCCACAGGAGAAGAAGAAAGCCAAGGGUCUGGGAAAGGAGAUCACAUUACUGAUGCAGACGUUGAACACGCUGAGUACCCCGGAGGAGAAGCUCGCGGCUCUGUGCAAGAAGUAUGCUGAGCUGCUGGAGGAGCACCGGAACUCCCAGAAGCAGAUGAAGCUCCUGCAGAAGAAGCAGAGCCAGCUGGUGCAGGAGAAGGACCACCUGCGCAGCGAGCACAGCAAGGCUGUCCUGGCCCGCAGCAAACUCGAGAGCCUGUGCCGUGAGCUGCAGCGCCACAACCGCUCCCUCAAGGAAGAAGGUGUGCAGCGGGCCCGGGAGGAGGAGGAGAAACGCAAGGAGGUGACCUCGCACUUCCAGGUGACACUGAAUGACAUCCAGCUGCAGAUGGAGCAGCACAAUGAGCGCAACUCCAAGCUGCGCCAGGAGAACGUGGAGCUGGCUGAGCGGCUCAAGAAGCUGAUUGAGCAGUACGAGCUGCGGGAGGAGCACAUUGACAAAGUCUUCAAACACAAGGACCUGCAGCAGCAACUGGUGGACGCCAAGCUCCAGCAGACCCAGGAGAUGCUGAAGGAGGCAGAGGAGAGGCACCAGCGGGAGAAGGAUUUUCUCCUCAAAGAGGCUGUGGAGUCCCAGAGGAUGUGUGAGCUGAUGAAGCAGCAGGAGACCCACCUGAAACAGCAGCUUGCCCUUUACACGGAGAAAUUUGAAGAGUUCCAGAACACUCUUUCCAAAAGCAGUGAGGUGUUCACCACAUUCAAGCAGGAGAUGGAAAAGAUGACUAAGAAGAUCAAGAAGCUGGAAAAAGAAACCACCAUGUACCGGUCCCGGUGGGAGAGCAGCAACAAGGCCCUGCUUGAGAUGGCUGAGGAGAAAACACUUCGGGACAAAGAGCUGGAGGGCCUGCAGGUAAAAAUCCAGCGGCUGGAGAAGCUGUGCCGAGCACUGCAGUCAGAGCGCAAUGACCUGAACAAGAGGGUGCAGGACCUGAUUGCUGGUGGCCAGGCUCCACUCCCUGACAGCGGCCCUGAGCGAAGUCCAGAGGCUGCCAAUACCUCCAAGGAACAGGGUGGCGAGGGGCCCAGGGUCCAAGCACCUAGCUCCCCAAGGGCCACAGAAGCCCCUUGCUGCCCCAGAGCACCGAGCACGGAAGCAUCAGGCCAAACAGGGCCCCAGGAACCCGCCUCCAUCACCGCCUAGGGAGCCUGUGCCAGGGGGCACGCUGGGAAGGGAGCAAGCAGCCCAGCCAGGCCUGGCCCAUGCGAGGCUCCCACCCCUGAAGCCCAGGUGCUCUGACCUGGUUGGCAUCUGACUCUGCAAUUUUGGAUUUUGUGGGUCAGUUUUACAUACAUAUGGUAUAUGUGCAAGGCCUCAUACAUUUAUAUCUGUAAGUGUAAAAUGGGCUUGCAUCGGAGGUGGGGGUGUGUACAGGUGAAGUCAGUGGCUCUUAUGUGAGCAGAAGAAUCUUAGAGCUGUCGUCUAUGGCUGCCAUCACAGUAAGCUGGCAGGACAAAUGACUUGAGCAUUUCCCUGCCCGAUUUGAGGCUCAGCCCUUCCCUCCCUGCCCUUCAGGGCUCAUAACAGGUGACACACCCAGGCCAUGACUGUGUUCCUGUUAGCGGGACGUGGGCACCUCUGGCUCUCCUAGCUCACCUGGAAGCUCCUUUGCUUCUCUUGACUUGGAAAAGGGGUGGCCAGGCAGAGCUUCGACAGGGCACUCGGAGCCCGCGAUCAGACUGCUUCCCUGCCUAGGCCAAGGGACCUGGAGUAUGUUCUGUGCGGGAUGAUGUGCUGGUAGGGAGCCCCUCAGGCACCGCUUCCCCUGCGCUCUGGCGGUGCCAGGACCAGGCCAGUGACGCGUCGCAGUAGCCUUAUCAUUCACAGGUGCCUCUCUAGCCUGCACACAUGAUUGACGCGAUCACCCAAAGGAUUCUUUCUGAAGGUUUUUGGGUUUUGUUUUGUUUCCUUUGUUUUUGUUUUGUUUUGCACAUGAUAGUGUUUGUUUUGAGGAUCUUCUGAGGAAGAAGGGGUGCUAUAGCGGUGGUGGCUGGGUUCCUGGCCUCCAGUGCCCCACCCCCCUCACCACCUCACCUGGCACCUUUGCCGUGUUGGUGCUCAGGUUUGAUGAAAUCAGAUUGUUUAUAGUAAAAGAAAGGAAAGGGCUUCUGAUGGCUUGGCCACAAGCUUACCUGUGGCUUCAGUCUUGGGAGGCCACCGCUGAUGCCAUCACCACUGUCUGCAUGCAGCAGUUGCUGGGCCCCAGGUCCAGCUGUCCCCUUGGCUUUAUGAGUCUUUCUGCUUCGUAAACCCACACCGCUAACGUGCAGUCUUGAGGUUUGCCUUGAUUUUGUUGCCCAAGUAAUAAGAGCUGAGGUAUGUCCCCCUUGACAUCCCACUUCUUCCUGUGUAGGAGCCCCCAGCUCUUGUCUGACAGCUAAUGGGUAAGAAUGAGACUCAGCCAUUGACUGAGAGCUGGAAGUCUAUAAAGUAGCUGCGGGUAGUUGUGUCUGUUUCUUCUCUACCCCCACUCCCAGCCUUCAUACAUGCUACCCUACGCUCUGAAAGUCCUGCUGGUUGCAGAUUUGCCAGAGUAUUAGCCAGUGUUUGUAUGGAACAAUGUUCUGGAACAGCAGAGUAAGUCUUGGGUCAGGAGGCAGGGCUGCACUGGCUUUGGGGUCCUAUAACCCCAUCUCCAGCUGAGCCUCAGCUUCAGUGUAGCUGAGGGAGCCACAGACCAAGAUGGGUCAGAUGGUUGAUUUUUUGCUUCUUGCUGUAUUUCCUUGAAGUUAAUUCAUUAUCUUAUAGGUCCCUUCAUCUUCCACAAAUUGCCCACCCUUCAGCCCUUAACUUAAAUCCCUCGGAUAAUUAGGUUCAUGGAGAGUUAAGUGCUCCUGAAUUAUGUUAGGACUUGGACCAGAGAUGGCAAAUGUACGGCACAGCAUUUCCCCUCUUCUCCCAUGGGAGGUACCACUAAUCUGUUUCAGAAUAUUUCCUGCUAAAUCCCUGGUAUAUCCUCAUUUCUCGAGAUUCCCCCAGCAGCCAGUCUAAGUCUUGGGACCUAUUUGCCAUCCCUGGCCGAGACACUACUAUGCUGAGGAACAUAAGAGCUGCUUACCCCGUAUGGGGUUUGCUGGGCUAAGGAAGCACAGGGAAGAGGCAGAGGUUUCUGCCUGCCCCCUUUCAAAGAGAGCAGGCAGGCCUGCAGUGGCCCACAUGACUGACUGCCCCAUUCCAGCUACCUCGUAAAGCCCGGAAGUGUUGGCGGGGAGGGGACUGUUGGAGCUCACUGUGGUGUGGGAAGUCACAGCCCUCAGACACCCAAGUCUAGCUGCUGUGGAUCUACAGUGAGCAAGGUAGCCCCAGCUGUGCAGGGUAGAACCUCUGUUCUCAGCUCCAGUCUGUCUCUAGGCAACCAGGCCAGGCUAUAGUUGGGGAUCCCAUUCUUGCUCUCUGUUGACCAAAUUGUACCAGUCACUACAGCUGCUCCGCUUGCUCUGCUUUCCAAAGUCAGCCCAGGUUCCUGGGUGUUGCUCACACCAGCCAGGGCCCUGGGCCAAAUGAAGAGGUGGGCUAUCCAUGAAUGAAGGCCGGUUCCUCAUUAGGGUAGGUCUCAUGCCCGUGACCUCAGUUUUAGGACCAAGAGCUGUGUUGGUUUCUUAGAUUGCUAGCUUUUCCUCCAGGGGACCACAGCAGGGGAGGCUCUGCUGGCAGUAAUUUGUGUUCAGGGUCUUGUCCAGCUGAGAGCUUCGUGUAAACCAGAUUCUGAGAGGUGUCAGCAGCACUUUUAAAAGAUUUUGUUUUCCAUGAGGUUUUUGGACCAUGGGCUGCGCUCAGGCACUUUCUAUAAGAGAAUGUUAUGUCUGUAAAGAUGGUUAUUUCCCCUCCUCCACCCCCAUCCUGGUGGCCCUGCAGAGGGCUGACCAAAAGGCCAGUGGAGCUGCCCUGGUGUCUGUGGGGGAGGGCCGAGGCCUGCUGAGUUGGUUCUCCAGCUGCUGCUCCAGCCCUCCGACCUUGCACAGCACAGAGGAAGUCAUCCUAGGGACAGCCAGGCAUCUGUCGGGAAGGGGUGCUGCCUUCUGUCCCUGUAACUGCUUCCUUUAUGGCCCAACCUGGCCAUCCAGAUUUGUUUGAAGCUGUGCUGACAGCUUUUUUUGUCCCGUUUUGGUAUUCACAGCAGCCAGGGACUUGAUUUUGAUGUAUUUUAAAACCACAUUAAAUAAAGAGUCUGUUGCCUUA